AUGAAAACACGUCAACGAGCCAGUGAACGUUGAGCGGAGCGGACCAAAAAUCCCAAACAAGGAAAUGGUGGGGGGAAAAAAAAACAACAGCGAUCCGAUUAUUUAAUUAAUGCGUGGCAUAAUUAAUAUUUUAUUGGAUUGUCAAUUAAGGGAAUAUUUAUGGGUUAAACAACAAAAAAAUGGAUUACGACUUCAAAACGAAGCUGGCCGCCGAACGGGAGAGAGUGGAAGAUCUGUUCGAAUAUGAAGGUUGCAAAGUGGGUCGCGGCACCUACGGGCAUGUUUAUAAAGCCAAGCGCAAAGAUGGGAAGGACGAGAAGGAGUACGCCCUCAAACAGAUCGAAGGCACCGGUAUCUCCAUGUCGGCUUGCCGAGAGAUCGCGUUGCUGAGGGAGCUGAAGCACCCGAAUGUCAUCGCACUACAGAAAGUGUUUUUGUCACACAGCGAUCGGAAAGUGUGGCUCCUUUUCGACUACGCAGAGCACGACCUGUGGCACAUCAUAAAGUUCCACCGGGCGUCGAAGGCCAAUAAGAAGCCGAUGCAGCUGCCCAGAGGAAUGGUGAAGUCUCUGCUGUACCAGAUCCUGGACGGCAUCCACUACCUCCACGCCAACUGGGUCCUACACCGAGACCUGAAACCUGCCAAUAUCCUGGUGAUGGGGGAGGGUCCCGAACGGGGGAGGGUCAAAAUCGCGGACAUGGGAUUUGCUCGACUCUUCAAUUCUCCUCUGAAGCCUUUGGCUGAUCUGGAUCCGGUCGUGGUUACAUUCUGGUAUCGGGCGCCUGAACUGCUUCUGGGAGCUCGACACUACACCAAAGCAAUCGACAUCUGGGCGAUCGGCUGCAUCUUCGCGGAGCUGCUCACGUCCGAGCCGAUAUUUCACUGCCGUCAGGAGGACAUCAAAACCAGCAACCCGUUCCACCACGACCAGCUGGACCGCAUCUUCAGCGUCAUGGGCUUCCCCGCAGACAAAGACUGGGAAGACAUCCGGAAGAUGCCGGAGUAUCCGACCCUGCAGAAGGACUUCAGAAGGACGACGUACGCCAACAGCAGCCUCAUCAAAUACAUGGAGAAGCAUAAAGUAAAACCGGACAGCAAGGUCUUUUUGUUGCUCCAGAAACUUCUGACCAUGGACCCCACCAAGAGGAUUACGUCCGAACAGGCACUGCAAGACCCCUAUUUCCUGGAGGACCCCUUACCUACAUCAGAUGUAUUUGCAGGAUGCCAAAUCCCAUACCCCAAACGCGAGUUCCUCAACGAGGACGAACCCGAAGAGAAGACGGAGAAGAACCAGACGCAACAGCACCAGCAGACGCAGGCGCAGACGCAAACGCAGGCGCAACAGGCUCCCUCGCAGCAGAGCUCGGCUCAGACCAACGGCACGUCGGGGGGGACCACGGGACCCGCCAUGCAGCACGCAGGCCAGGAGCAGGGGCCCCCCAACAAGAAGAGCCGCACCACCGGGGCCAACGUGCUCCAGACAGACUACCAGCACUCCAGUUCGCGCCUCGGUUACCAAAGCAACGUCCAAGGCACCACCCAGUCUCAAAGCACUAUGGGAUAUUCGUCCACAUCUCAGCAAAGCUCCCAGUACUCUCAUCAGUCUCACCGCUACUAAGGCGUGGAAACACUGACGGCUCGCGCUAAUCCAUGAACACAAACGCAGGUCUCGCUGCCAUUUUUAUAUAUACACUCGUGGAGACUUCCUUCUCGCUGCCUUCCCACCUGUACCGCUCCCUUCUCAUUCUCACUUCCUUUACACUUCUGCGCUUUCAGCUCGAGAUGCGUACGCUGCCGAUACCAGCAGAUAAGAUGACUUUUAUGAAGCAGAACCUCCCAUGCUCAGCUACUCCUCCCAGGAGACUUGGAGCUCAGAUGAACCCUGUGAGGAGAAGCAACACCAGCGUCCUAACCCUUAGUUAAAACCAGUACUCAGAAAUAUAUUUCAUGUAUUUGCAUUUAUUUAUUUGGCACAGGCUUUUAUCCAAAGUGACUUACCAACGAGGCAGGAUGCAAUCCAAGCAUUUAGCCGAGCAGUUGAGGGUGAAGGACCUUGCUCGAGGGCCUGACUGUGGCACUUUGGCAAUCCUGGGAUUCAAACUGACAACCGUACGAGCAUUACUUCAGAACCUUAACCACAGAGCCACAAUACCAGUUCCUAAAACCCCACAAUGUCCAUAUAGAUGUACAACCUUCAGUGUCCACACCAAAACAGUUAUUUAAAUCUUCAGCGUAAAUACAUAAAAACUCUGAAGUAUACAAAACCAGUCCUAACAAAACCCACGGUGUUGUUAUGGGUUCAGUGAUGUGAAUCUUUAUGGACCCAAUUGUCAAUCAUGACGUUUUUAUGCAAAUCAAGUCCCUAUAAUCCAUCAAACCUAGAGUGUAUAUUUAGAGUCAAUCAUCUAAACCAUGAGCACUCCCUCAAGAACCAGAACCAGUCCCCAGACACCUUGGUUUCCCCCCAGACCAAGCCCCCAGGCCCCUUGGUUUCUAUCCAUAACCAAUCCUCUGAAUUCUUGGUGUCAUCAAGGGUGCACCCUUCAGUUGUAUUCAAAAAUCAGUCCCCAAGCUGCUGGGUUUCCACCAAGAAUCAGUCCCCAAACCCCUGGGUUUCUAUCAAGAAUCAGUCCCCAAACCCCUGGGUUUCCACCAAGAAUCAGUCCCCAAACCCCCUGGGUUUCUACCAAGAAUCAGUCCUCAAACCCCCUGGGUUUCCACCAAGAAUCAGUCCCCAAACCCCCUGGGUUUCUACCAAGAAUCAGUCCUCAAACCCCCUGGGUUUCUAUCAAGAAUCAGUCCCCAAACCCCCUGGGUUUCUACCAAGAAUCAGUCCUCAAACUCCCUAGGUUUCUAUCAAGAAUCAGUCCCUAAGAUCCUCGGUUUCUAUCAAGAAUCACUCCCCAACCCCUCGGUUUUCACCCAGAACCAGUCCUCAGAACCCUUAAUGUUAUUGUGGGUCUACUCUUGGGUUUCCAUCCAGAACCGAUCCCCCGAACCGUUUCCAUCUAGACCUAGUCCUCAGAACAUUUGUUUUCAACCAGAUCCAUCGUCCAGAUCCCUCAGUUUCCUUCCUGAACCAGUCCUCAGACCCCUUGUUUUGAACCAGUCUUCAAAAUCCUGAGUGUUAUUAUGGAUUAAUUCCUUAGGGUUUCAUCAUGAACCAUUCCCCAGAACCCUCGGCUGCCAUCUAGAACCAGUCAUCAAUACCUUCAGUGUCCUUAAAAAACCAUCACUAAUAGAAUGGUUCUCAAAAUCAUUGGAGCCAGAUCGCCUCACCAUGUAGUCCUAGAACCUGCAGUAUUCAUACAACAUCAGUGAUCCAAAUCCUGGUGUUUUCAUUUUAAUAACACUACUGUCUAAACUGGAAUUCUUCAAACGUUUAUUUUUUUUAGGUAGAACCUUUAGUUUCCAUCUACAGGCAGUCAAACCCUUCAGUAUCUCUACGGAACCAGUCCUCAAAACUCUCAGUGUUCCUGUCAAUUCUCAGAUCCUUCUGUAUCCAUACUUCUGCAAAACCUUCUUAGUAGAGAAUAAAUCCUCUAAACCUGCAGUUUCCAAUCCACCAACCUACAAAACCUGCUACAGUUCCAGUCCUCCACAUUUUUUUUUUUUUCUGCCUGUAACCUGCCCUCUGGGACAAUACGAGGGCCUAAACAGAACCUGCCAUUAGGACCCAAAGUGUCCGCAGAGAACCUGCCAGAACCUGGAAUCGAUGUGUAAGCGACUGAUUCUGCUCUGGUCCAUCAUCACACCUGCAAUAUGGAGGCUAAUUCAAACCAAAUAUCCCUUCCCUCCUCUAUCUCUCCGUCUGUUUGUAUCACUCUCUAUUUUUCCCCUUCCUGUCCAUCCUGUGCAUAUAUAACACCACAUGCACAUUACAGACACCGAAGAAAAAAGAACUUUGAAGAUAGAGGACUGGCGACUGGCCCUUAUCACAGCCGUGAUUUGUCUUCGUGGAUGUUCAGAGCGCCUUUUACGACUUUUCAGCUACAGACCCGGAGGCUUUGACCUUCUAGUUUUUUGUCCUUUUGUAAAUAUUUACUUCUGAUAUCUUAACACCGCAGAGGAAGCCCUUUACUUUUACGAGUCCUUCGUCGAGACACAUUUCAUUCCCGACGACGAACGGCCGAAUAUCAACGACAGCUUGGUUUGUCAGGAAAUCGAAGCAAAAACAAAAGGAGAAAAUUCCUUUUUACUGUCUGGCGAAUACGUCCGAUUGUUAUUUCUUUGGCCAUAAGAUAUAAUCGCGUGUAUCGACCCUGUGUGUAUGAGAGAAACUGUACGUACAAACGUGUGUCUUAUGUUUUUGUUACAAUGUCUGAGGCAGCUCCAGUGACUGUUACCUCCUGUUUGAUAUUUUAUAAUUUUGGAUCUUUGCUAUUUUUAUUGUUGGCUUUGAAGUUUGCGUAGAUUAGUUUGUUCCUCACCACUCCGUGUGCAGACAGGCAUUUGAGGCAGCGCUGUAAAAACAAACAAACAAACAAACAAACAACACUCCAGGUCCUUCAAGAUAGGGGAAAGGGGAGCUAAAAGUGUUCCCUUUAACGUUAUUCCAGGUUCUGUUUCCCCUGUUCGCCAAGUCCUGACCUCAGCCAGGAGUCGAGAAGAAACAGGCCAGACCUGAUAAGUGCACUGAAAAUGUUGGAAACACUGACACCUUACUGGGGGUUGAGAGAACUGCACGACUCUCAGAGCUGUCGACUAUAUGGCACUUCUGCACUAAUGUACUAAUGGACAUCAGGAAUGGCUGUGAAGUAGACUCGGGAGACGCUAGCGCACGUAGCUGGCCUGAGACUUGCUAAACUGAGCAAAAGGCACUGAUCUCCCUUCAGGUUGAUUUCAGAUGACCUGAGAGGACGUGUUCAUUUCAACUAACAUGAGUUUACAGUCGCGAUAUUUAAAGAAGAACUUCACUCAAAUAUGCUAACAACGCUAGCGGGCACACGUUAUUGCUAAAGCCAACUGUAUACUCGAUGAAAAAAAGAGUUCUUUAAUGGUUCUUCCAUUAAAAAAACAAAACAAAACCCCAACGUUGUACUUCAAACCCUUUCUGAUCGUGUUCUACGGACAUUUGUUAAAAGUUCAUCUCGAGGAACAACCGGAAAAAAAAAAAAAACCUUAAGCGUUCAAAAUCUUCGGCUGUAUAUUUGAAACAAAUGAAAAUAAACCACCUUUAAACACAGUUGUAAACAGACUUUUAGAAGAAAAUGGUUCUUUAGUGGUUGUUCCAAAAAAUUGGAACCCUUUGUAAUAGGGAAAAACCGUUUAGGUAUGGGUUCCUGCAGUGGGACAACUGAAGAACCCACGAAGGUCGAAACAUAUAAGAAUGUAUAUUUCGGACAAGCGAAAAAUAACUACUGCCAAACACGGUUGUAAGGACAUUCUCGGAAAAAAAAAUAAAGUUCUUCAAGUUUUCUUACAAAAAACGGGGCCUGUAUCCUGAUCAGGACCAUUUCUGAUUAGGAUAUACUCCAAGAAUGGAUUUUUUUUAAGGUUCCUCCUGUGGGACAACCGAAGAACCAUUACAAAGAUUUAUAUGGAUCAUUGGAGUCACCUUUAAGAGAAACACUUAAGUGUUCCCCCAGAAGGACAACCGAAGGGUUCGACUUCCUUUCCAGAUUUUCUGAAAAAGGCGCACAUAGUGCGCGUCUCAAUCAGCGCACAUAGGGCGCGUCUCAAUCAGCUCCCUAGUUCAGUAGUCAGGGCGCCGAUCAGGGACUCGGCCGUUUUAAGUUCUGUCUCGAUCACAAAAUCCAUCCAGUGCACCGGAAUGUUCGCUCCCUAAAAGAAAAUCCCACAGUGCACCGCAAAAACCAGGGAGCGCCGAGGCUCUCUAUGUUUCCUUACCGGAAAUAACGACGUCAUAUUUCCCGAAGCCUCUCUCUUGGCCAACUUCCACGAGCUACAAACGUAAGUAGCUUGUCAUCGUCGUUGUAUCUCUCAAACGAUUACUUACAUCCGGAGCUUUUUUUUAUUCAUCCGACGUCAUAUAUACGGUUUGUUCGAGUCUGACGACUCUUAAGUGUUUAAUGAGUUUAACAUAUCCACUAGCUCGCCUACGAUCCUGCUGGAAGUACCAUGACAAAGAGGCGUGUGAUUAGGCGAGCAAACUUAUACGACGUAUAACGUCAGAAAUAUUUCGGCUCUGCCCGUCGUCGAUAGACGCCGGUGGUGACGUCUUACACCGCGAGUACGUAGCCACGUCGACGUAAAUUGCGUCCCGGUGUGUAGCGAGCCAAGGUCCUUACCAACUCGUGUAGAUGAUAUAUAUACCGAUUCCCCACCUAGGGAGAUGACCGAGACGCACCCAUAUCAAAGAACUCCUCAUGUAAACUUUUUACAGAGAGUGUUUACUCAAUAAAAGGUGGCCGUGGGUGUAGAACAGGCAUCCUGACGUCAACCGACGGUUAAUUAACGGACAAUGGCGCAAUAGCGGCAGUGGAACAGUCAUGUGAUAUUUGAACCAAUCAGAGACAGCGGGUGUGUCUCAUACUACCUUGGUUUAUAUUUAUAUUUAAAGAAAUGUAUUUGACACACCGGCGGCUUAACUAGCUCAUUCGCUAAGAUGCGUGUUAGCAUAUUUUGAGUGAAAAUGCUUCUUUAACACGGGUUAUUGACUAGCUCCGGAAUGGCUGCAACGUUACUUUCCUGUCAAAAGCAAUUGAACGUCAAAAAAAAAAAAAAAAAAGCAGCGUUGAUAGACUUCACGUAAAAUCUAGACGAUACCGACUCGUUUCGGCUCCGCCCGCCUGCUCAGCGAGGCUCCGCCCCUCGGUAUAGUCACGAACAGCGACGUCUAAGUCAAAAGCCUUGAGUCGCGUUCGUCCUUUUUAAGCAGCGCUUUUGUGUAUUCCGCAUGCAAGUGCAUGAAUUGCGACUGCAAAACACGGCGUGCGGUUACAGUCGCACGGUCAUUUAUAAGAUAACGAUCACGUACGAUUACUCUUGACGGGAAAUAACUUCAAAUACCACAAAACGGACGCCUGAGAUGGCUCCCGUUCACUUGUCGUAUUUUUUCCCCCUCUGAAUCCUUUUCGUUUCCGUUCAUAUCAAAACCAAACCAAACCAAACGAACACUGACCAGCAGUCCAGCCCGAACCCCCGACCUUCUUCUCUACAGCGCUCACGGUGUUUUCUCCUCUUCGUCCUGAGACGCGUAGAGCGCCAGUUCGGCGUCUCUUUCUGUAAAAAAACGAAAGCGAGGUGAUCGGUGUAGUGUCGUUCUGUCGCCGUGUCUUGUCCGUGUGGGACACUAAGCCUUCACGCUUUUCCUAUGCAAGCAAAAACGCAAACGAAAACGAAACAAAUAAACCCUACCUGAAAAGCUUCCGCUUGUGCCGGAGCCUCAAUUCAAACCACAGCAGCGAAGAUCACCGUCUUUCUUACUAUCGGAAUCAAUUAUUAUGAUUUUUUAAACAAAAAAACGGGAUUUGUAAUCUAAACUGCAAACUGAAAAUUCUGACAUGAAGUCAUUGAGGUUUUUUCUUCUUUCUUUUUUGUACUGUAUGCUGUAUUGUUAUAACAUAUUACGAUCGAUUGUAAAAAAAAAUGGCACGUAUAUUAAUUCUACACAACCGUAUUUAUUAUUGUCACACGUGUAUAUACGAAUAGAUAUAUAGAUAUAUAUAGAUAUAUAAAUAUAUAUAUCGAUGUUUAGAUACGUCUCAGGCCUGAAGCUGAGGUCCGAGAACUGUUUUUUUUUUUUUUCGGUUUUACUAAACGAGAUCAGUGUUUUCAGGUCCUUUGUAUAGGUCUUUUAUUUUCCUCUCUAACGUAGUCUGAAGGUAUAUCUGCUCGCCAAAAGCCUUUAUAUACAGAGUUGUACAUAGGCACUGAUUUAGUAGGCGUGGUGAUUAUUUAUGCACUGAACUCCAUUUCCCAGAAGGCACCAGUCCUCGUAGGUCGGGGUUUUACGAAGCCGAAGGAGCCGCGCGGGUGGGGUUUGUAGUUUUUAAAGGGACUCCGUGCCUGUCGAGCUUAGAAGUGUUCACUAAUACUGUAAGUGUGCGAUUAUUUCUUUCAGCUAAAACAUUUCAGCGUGUUAACAGUGCCUUUUUUUUCUUCUUUUCUUUUUUUCUUCACACGGCAUUCAGAACACACUCUUUCCUUUUGCCUUUUUGGAGAUUUUUAUAUUGUCCUUUUUGUGUGUAUGAUAUUGUUUUUUUUUUGUUUUUUGUUUUUUGUUUUAAAUUUGAUGUCAUGUUUUAUUCUGCACACGCGUUUAAUAACCUACGGAGCGGGACGCGUUUAGUAAAACUCUCACUGUGUGGAAUUCUGAGAGGUUCGCCGUGUGGUCCUGCUAACAUUAACGUCUUUUUAUUAUUAUUAUUAUUAUUAUUAUUAUUUGAUUUUAUUUUUCAACAAUGUCCUGUUUUGUGUGAAUUUUAACUGUACAUAAGAAUUCUUCACUGAAACAUAACUCUAUGAUAAUUGUCUUUUAAUGCACUGUUAUUGCUAAGCUAUUUAGCUAUUUAGUGGCAACUGAAAAAAAAAGAAGAAGUAUUUAAUGUUUUUUAUUGUCUUGUUUAGGCACUAAAGAUAUGGCAGUUAUAUAAAAGCUAGGCAGCGCUCUUUUACAGAGUUCUUAUUGUAAAUGCGUAGAAAUAUAAAGCCUCUGAAUGUUGUAUGCAAAUAAGCGAGCGGAGCCUACAGGCCUUUUUUUUUGCGGGGUGGGGGGUGGGGUGGGGGGGUCCGGAGGAUGCAUGUAUCUGUCGUUUUUAAGUACAGUUUUAAUUUAAAAAAAAACCCACAGCACUUAAAACAUCACGGUCAGCACGUUUGCGUCCCGACAGAGCGCCCGGCGGUUCGGUCCGGUUCUGUUCUGUCCCAAUUUAAUCGCACGGAUCUCCGGUUUAAACUCUGAUUUCACAGGAAUGAUUCUUACGCUCCUGUUUUACUUACUUAAAUACACGCUUACCUUGAAGUCCACUGUUAAUGUUAGGUGAUCUCUUUUGGUGUCUUCCUAAAUUCCUCCUAUUAUUAUUAUUAUUAUUAUUAUUAUUAUUAUUAUUAUUAUUAAAAUAAAUAAACAAACAAAAUAAAACAUGCUAAAUUCAUCCAACAGAUGCGACCUUGGAGACUUACAGACAUAAGAAAGUGUCUCAGGCUUUAACAUAUUAAAAAAUGAAGACUUCUUUUCUGCACUUUUGUUAGUAUAAUUAAUUUAAAUUUGAUAGAAUCGGACCUUCACUUGACUGUAUUGAAACUUAAUACUCUUACUCCAUUUUUAUUUUUAUCCUUAAAGCUAGAAAUCUGAGAUCAUAGCACAAAAUUAUUAUUAUUAUUAUUAUUAUUAUUAUUAUUAUUAUUAUUAUUAUUAUUAUUUAUCCACAAUCUACAAAUCCAUUCAGUCACAUUUCUGUGGGUUUCCACUUUAUUUAUUAACCAUUUUAUAUCCAAUUAAAUCCACUCGAAUUUGUAUUUAUAAUACACCACAACCAACCGUCCAUACUCAAGGACAUUUUAUCUGUUAGUCUUAUAAUAAAAUUACUCAUAAGGGAAAUAAAAACUUCAAUCUCAUGAAAUUUGAUCCCAUUUCCAAACUCUAACCAGAUUAACGGCUUGAAGUCCCUAAGCAUAACUUUCCUAUUUUCUUUCGUACGAAUCGAGCCGUACGGAUCGUUACAAAUUUGCCAGAGCGAGACCAUGUUAAAGACAAAAAAAAAACAAACGUAAGUAACAUCGUAAAAAAACAAAACAAAAAAAAAAAACAUCGUAACUUUCAGUCAGGUAAAACUAUGUUGCUACAUCCACAUUUAAUCGCGAUUUUAAGACCCUCGGUUUUACCUAAGUAGAACACUUUUCUGUCAUUUUCCCCUGAAACCGAAGCUAGAAAUUUUUAUUUACAAGUCUGAAAAUUGUUUCCGAAGCUUACGACUUGAAAGGGAGUUCACGUGCAACGUGUACGUUGGAAAUGAGUACGUACAAUACCAUACGAAGGUAGCAUUAAACACGCACUUCGACGAGAAAUUAUGAUCUAACUAAGAAUCGGUGAGACCUACAGCAUGUAGCGUACACCGGUUAGCUUAACGCUAGCUGAUCUAGCUGAUCUAACCAACAUCUCUGUAGUCAAGAGGGCACGCCGAAAGGGAGGACGUGAAUGUCGGGACGGAACCGUUGCCUGAAAACGCACCGAUUUACCAACAUCCCGUAUACAGAUCCUGUGUGAAUUACCUCACGUGUGAAGUAGCACUCACGGGUCUGAAUUGAUUGUCAAUCUUUGGAAACGGAUUAUCGUAAACGGUUGGAAUGAUUGUAAAUCCUGUCCGCAUCGGAGGUGUGAACCUGACGUAAAUAUUCGACGUGAAUAUUAAAUUAUUAAGACGUAAUUUUAGUAAACAUCUGAUCAAUUCGAUAUAGUGCGACACAAUCUAGUUAAACCUUCUCAUUAGUAAAACCUGAAACGGCUCGAAAACGAAAUUAAUACCUGCUAUUAAAGUGCGCACGCAACCACCGUUCGAGUGAUUAAAAAAAUAAAUAAUUUAAAUCAGUUCUUGAAUGCUAAAUUAACACGUUUGCAUUAUAAGGCCCCGCCCUUUCCGAUUGCGUAUUCGUUAAAGCGAACGUACGCGAAGCGUAAAUCAGGGCCUGAAUGUGACGUAACUAUAUCAACCGAGACAAUCCGCAUACACGCCGGCAGGAAAUUCUGAAUCCUGAUUGGAUGACUAAUCCACUUGGAUCUUACAAUUUUUUUUUUGUUUUUUUUUUUAAAAGACACCAUGAAAAUGUUUAAAUUCAUGAUGCAUUUCAAUAUAAUUCCAUGUUAACUGUUUUUCUGCAGUGUUUUAGACUUAAUUUAGUUACGGGUGCUAAUUGAUAUGUGCACAGACGUUGUCUUGAUACAGUUUUAAUGCGUGUGUAAUUGUUGUGUAACCACACACACACACACACACACACACACACACACACACACACUGUUUUAACACACACAACAGACACGUACAUUUCGUCCUGAAGUAGUUAAGGCAAUAGCACAGUGCAGGAAAAAAGAAUAAAUUGAUUUGUACUCCUGCCGCUAGUAGCUUCGUCGUCUUUUAUUUCACUGUACAAAAGACUGUUAAAGGAGAAAAAUGUCAUGUAUAUUUAUUUUAUAUCCUCUAUUGUAAUAAAAAUCUCUUUUUUGCUUCA